AUGCGUGUAUCUCUAUUUAACCGUGGAGCAUUGUCGCUCGCGGUCGUGUCGCUUCUUGCCUCCACUGCUGCGGCUGAUGUAUUCGAGAGCCUAUCUGCUGUUCCUCAAGGAUGGAGAUAUUCCCGUACACCACGCCCCGAUCAGCCAUUGAAGCUGCAAAUUGCCCUAGCACAGGGUGAUGCUCCUGGUUUCGAAGCGGCGGUGCUGGAGAUGUCCACACCCGAUCAUCCCACCUAUGGAAAGCACUUCAACACCCACGAGGAGAUGAAGCGGAUGCUCCAGCCGAGCUCCGAGUCCGCAGACUCAGUCCGUGACUGGCUCGAAAGCGCUGGUAUCACCAGAAUUGAGCAGGAUGCCGACUGGAUGACCAUCCAUACCACCGUGGAGGCGGCAAAUGAGCUGCUGGCAGCUAAUUUCCAGUUCUACGUGAACAGUGUUAAGCACAUUGAGCGUCUUCGCACACUCAGGUACUCCAUUCCCAACAAGCUCAUGUCACACAUCAACAUGAUUCAGCCCACCACUCGUUUCGGCCAGCUGCGCGCCAACCGUGCUAUCUUGCACAGCCAGAUCAAGGAGAAGGACGAGGCCUUCCGCUCAAACGCGAUGUCUAGUUCCCCUGACUGCAACAGCAUUAUCACUCCCCAGUGUCUCAAGGAUAUGUACAACGUUGGCGACUACAAGGCCGAUGACAGCAUCGGCAACAAGGUCGCCUUUGUCAGCUACCUGGAGCAAUAUGCCAGAUACUCCGACCUGGAGCUCUUUGAGAAGAACAUCGCACCCUUCGCUAAGGGUCAAAACUUCUCCGUCAUCCAGUACAACGGUGGCCUCAAUGACCAGACCUCAACUGCUGACAGUAGCGAGGCGAACUUGGAUUUGCAGUACAUCGUUGGAGUCAGCUCUCCUGUCCCUGUAACCGAGUUCAGCGUCGGUGGUCGCGGUGAACUGGUCCCCGAUCUGGACCAGCCCGACCCUAACGACGUCAACAACGAGCCAUACCUGGAGUUCCUCCAGAAUGUUCUCAAAAUGGAUCAGAAAGACCUCCCCCAGGUUAUCUCCACUUCUUACGGCGAGGAUGAGCAGAGCGUUCCCGAGAAAUACGCCCGCUCCGUCUGCAACCUAUUUGCUCAGCUCGGCAGCCGCGGUGUAUCCGUGAUCUUCUCCUCUGGCGAUUCCGGCGUCGGCGCCGCUUGCAUGACCAACGACGGCAGAAACGCAACUCACUUCCCACCCCAAUUCCCAGCAGCCUGUCCGUGGGUGACAUCCGUCGGAGCCACCACUCACACCGCCCCCGAGAAAGCCGUGUACUUCUCAUCCGGCGGCUUCUCCGAUCUCUGGGAACGCCCCGAGUGGCAAGAGCAAGCCGUGAGCUCGUACCUCGAGACUCUGGGCAACCAAUGGUCUGGACUUUUCAACCCCAAGGGCCGCGCUUUCCCCGACGUCACCGCCCAAGGCCAAAACUUCGCUAUCUACACGCGAGGCUCCUUGACGAGUGUCGACGGCACAUCUGCCUCGGCACCUGCUUUCGCUGGCAUCAUCGCUCUCCUCAAUGACGCCCGCAUCAAGGCUGGCAAGGCCCCUAUGGGUUUCCUCAACCCGUGGCUGUACUCGGCUGGCCGUGACGGCUUGAAGGACAUUGUUGAUGGCGCUAGCACCGGCUGUGAUGGCAAGGGUCGCUUUGGCGGUCCUAAGAACGGUGGGCCUACUGUUCCGUACGCUAGCUGGAACGCUACUAAGGGCUGGGACCCUGUUUCUGGUCUUGGUUCGCCUAACUUUGGUGUUAUGCGCAAGCUUGCGAAUGCCGAGUAG